AUGUCCGUGCUCUUCCCGCGCCGUCGCCUCACGGCGUCUCCAUGGCGCCGCGCCGCUCCCUCUCAUCGCCAUCUCCUCCAUCCCCAUCUCAAGUCGGAGCUGCCAAUCUGGCCGCGUCUAAUACCGCACCAAGCGCUCGUAAUCCACGCUCGCGCCCACGCUCUCGUCCGCGCCCACGUCGCGCGUGACGACUGGAGCCGCUCUAAUACAACGAGACAGCGUGUUUUUCCGCGUCUAUUGGCCACUUCAGAAGCUGUGCAAGACAAGAAGGAGUCGCUGCUGUCAAAACUGCGUCGUCUGCUGCGCGUGGCGCUGCAUUUCGCUAAAUUGGUGGGACUUGCACUGCCGCUGGCGUUCUUGGCUCCUGCUGCCUUUGCUGGGGGCAAGUUGGUGCCUGGAUGGACCGCCCAAUGGUGGACACUGGCUCUCUAUCUCGCCCAGUUCUCGUCCCCUACGGUGAUGAAGUUUCUGCAGUGGGCGAGUACUCGUCGGGAUAUGUUUCCUGCGUCCUUUUGUGACCGUUUCGAAGCUUUCCAUGAACACGCGCCACUGCAUUCGUGGCCACAGACAGAAGAAGCUUUGAACAUGGCGUUCGGAGGAAAGUGGAAGGACGUGAUGGAGGUGGACGAACACCCAAUUGGCUCUGGCUGCAUUGCCCAGGUCUAUCGAGGUCGCAUUAAAGCGACGAACGAAGAGGUGGCUGUGAAAGUGAUCCAUCCCCAUGUGAAGGAAUUAGUGGCCAUGGAUUUGCAACUGUUGCAUGGAUUUGUCACGAUGCUGGAGAUGAUACCGACACUGCAGUGGCUCGGAGGGAAGGAUAGUGUGACGGAGUUUGCCUCGCUCAUGGAACGUCAAUUGAACUUGCGUGUUGAAGGGGAGAACCUUGCGUUGUUCAGCGAACAUUUCCGGAACCGAAAAGGCAUUCGCUUCCCGGUACCGCUCAUGGACUAUACGACGGAAAAUGUGCUGGUAGAGAGUUAUGAAGACGGUGUGCAUUUUAGUGAGAUUCUGUCGCAAAUGGAGCCACUGCGUCGGAAAGCAGUGGCACGGGUCGUUCUUGAAGCAUAUCUUCGGAUGGUGUUCUUGGACAAUUUCGCUCACGGAGAUCUACACCCGGGCAACAUUUUGUUUGAGGAGCAAAGUGCAGGAAGAAAUGCCCAUGUGUCACGCUCGGAAGCCAUUCGGAAUGCGGGUGUUGUGGUCAUUGAUGCUGGGAUUGUGACGAAGCUCGAGCAACAAGAUUUGCGUAAUUUCGUUGAACUCUUUUACGCCGUAGCAACAGGGAAUGGGUAUAAAGCAGGCGAGCUCAUCGUGUCUCGAAGCAAGGGGCGUAGCGUGGGACCAAACGGGGAGAUGGUGCCAGCCACGUGCAAGGACCUCGAGUCGUUUUGCACAGGGAUGGAGAAAAUCGUACACGAAGCAGUGAGCUGGCGGCUCAACUUGAAGAAUGUGCACGUCGGAGCUCUGCUUCGCCAAGUCAUGGAGCUGUGUUGUACCCACGGAGUGCAACUCGAGGGCAAGUACGCGUCCAUCGUGAUUUCCAUUGCAGUCCUGGAAGCAGUUGGCAGGAAGCUGGACCCGGACAUCGACAUAUUGGCCGUCGCGCUUCCGAUUAUUACGCAGUCACUCGUGAAGAACGUACUGAGUUGA